AUGGAGCGCGAGGACGCAGCCACUGUUCUGAGCGUCAUCGAAGAGGGCGAUGAGCCGGAAAUGAAUGCUGAAGCAUUUGCAGACAUGGCUAUGAGUGGUUUGGACAUGAAUUCUGAGAUUCAUUCAGUGUUGAUUGAUAAAAACAAUGCAGCGGCUAUAGCCAUUCCUCAGACCAAAUUGAGCGCUUACGAGAAGCUCCGGAACGGAGCAGUGCAUUAUUCCAGACGAGAAGACAAGAUGCGUGUGUUACAGGAGCAUCCAGUGGUGGCCUCCGUGUCGUUAGAUGGGAGAACAGUAGGCUGCAAAUGUGGUCGAAGUGUACGACUGAACCCACCGUGGUACAUUCUCAAGUUCGAGCAGCACGUGGCUAGUCGCAAUUGCACGUUUUUGAGACAAAAGCAUUCUAGGAAAAGAAAAAAAACAGAGGAGAAUAGCGAGUCAAAUGAAUCUUUAAAGUUAGACGAUGAAGCUGAAGACUACUCGCUGCAGACAGUUGACAAAAUACUCCGUCGAGAGUUUGGAGUUAUGUUGAAUGGCGAGCUUGUAAUAAAACCACCUACUUCUGAGUAUUCUGAUCAUCGAAUUCGAAUGUAUAAAGGUGCAGUAGCACUGAGUGAGAAUUCGCACUGUAAGCGCAUGACACCGGAUGGAAAGUUUGUCGAGUGUAAGUGUUCUCGGGUUGUGUUGCUCGCCGCACCGUGGCAAAUUGGACAAUUUUUAGUGCAUAUUGCAGAAAAGCAGAAGCCCAAGAAACGAGCAAAAGCUGCUUCUGCAAGCGGAUGGCGAAAGAAAAAAAUUGUCAAGACAGUCGUUUCAAGUGGUGGUCCCAUUAAACCACCCACAUCUACUAGUACAUUAUUACAAACUUACACGAGCAAAAAGAGUUUUCCACGCGAAAUUCGAUGGGAUGUCGCUCGAGCACGUGGAUUGCUCCCAUGUCCAGGAUUGCGAGAUGAGCGUAUGAACUCGUUUGUGACUUCAGCGGUUCAAUUGACAGGAGGUGGUCGACAUCGACAGAAGAUUGCGCGCGAAAUUUUCCCACACCUGUUUUCAGAUACUUUGACAUACGGUCACGCUGACGAUGGCGGUGAGCACAACCAUUUUGACAGUCAAAACAUCGUCAUCAUCAAGCGGUAUUCAAACUUUCAGCAACAGCUUCUUGAAGCGGAAAAACUACUUCUGCACGACGUCAUUGAGGGUGAAGCUUUGUGGUUUGUUGACAAGGAUGGCAAUUCGGUUCGUAGUCUGGACUGUCUUGGGGUGGUUGACACAAGCAGCGCGGAAGUCCGUUGUGCCUCUUGUACAGCUCUUCGGAGUAAUGCAGCUUUGAGAACAGCAGCAGCUUCUCAGCAUAAAGUGGCAACACGAAUGGGACGGCCACGCAAUCCGAUCAACAGAAAAUUUUGUUCUGGACGGGUGUGUGCAUUGCUUGAAGCUGAGUUUGACAUGCAAGAACCGUAUGCGAAAGUAUUGCGUGAUUUAGCACUUGCUGAUAUUCCCAUCGCUUCGAAUAUUUGGAUGGAAAUGGCAUCGCUGGGCCUUUCUGGUGAGUUUGAUUCGCAUGUAGUGCUUCUAGGUUUGAUUGAGGCCAUGGUUCGAUUAAAAGACAAGGAGCAACGUGGCGUGGGCUUACAGAAUAUGACAUACAGCGAUCAUCUCGAUACUUUCAUGUGUUCACUCACAGAUACUUCAUCAGAGGCUUGUGAGUUGUUUCAGCGGCAUCUGGGUGGACGUAAGCAGAGACAGGUGCUAGCAGGAAAUGUGAGACGCACUCAGCAGAAGCAGGAGCACUCGAUCACCACGACUGAUCGAAACCAACACAUUCGUGACUCGCUUAACGAUGACAGGUCGAAUCUAAGUGCUGAUCGCACCUCUAACGACGAUCGCUUUGACCAUUUGCUGGAAUCCUCAAUUGUUGGCCUUCACGUGCCUCAUUUAUCGAUUAGUGACAUUCAAGACGUCGAUCUGGCCACUUUUUCGACAACUUCAAAUAUCGAUUUUCAGUCUAAUGAUGCCGUAGAAAGCGCAAAAGAAGUAUCAACUGCACCAUCUGCCGUUAGUGUUCAUAAUCUUGAAUCUGUAGUUGGAUCGUUUGAAGUGUCAACAGUUGAUUCAACAUGCAGCGGGACAGAGAGGCAAUCAAAUUUUGAGAUCGAAUCAGGCAAUGAAGCUACUUUUAAUGAAUCUUCAUUAGAUCGAACAAAUGGAUGCGAAGAGACUAAUGUAGACGCUGAAGAAUCAUUAGAGUGUGAUUCGAAUGCAAUAGCGUUUCUUUCCGAAAUUGAACCAUUUGUGGCAGAAAAAGACACAGGUGAUAAUGACAUUGUAUUACCGACUGACCAUGUCCCUUGUACAGGCCUUCGGGAUGACAAUGUACAAGCUUAUGUCUCGAAUGCCGUUCAAAUUGUCGGUGGAAGCCGUCCACGCUAUGUGAUCGCACGCGAAUUAUUCCCUCGAGUGUUUGGAAACGACGAAAAGGUUCGCAUCGUAGACAAACUCACUGACGACCAGCGACUCGUUUUACAGGAUGCAGUCUUUAGUGAAUGUUUGUGGCGUGUUGACAAGGAAGGGCGGUGUGUUCGUAGUUUGCGGUGCAAGCGCUUUGUGCCAGUAGCUGACAAUCAAAACCGUACAAACUCCCAAAGUCGAGGCGUAUGUGGUGCCUGUCGAGACUUGCGCACCGUGCCAAACUUUCGUAGUGUGCUCAGUCGCUCGAAAGUGCCAAAGAAAUUGGAAAACAUCAAAUACGUGCCCAGUGUAUACACUGAGAGCGAUCCAUUUUUGCGGAAAUUAUCAAAGAAUUCGGCUUUUCGUGGACUAUAUCAAACUGUCAAGCAUAUGGUAUCUUCAGGUCCUAAUAAACAAGUCGAUGUCGAUGCCGAACGACGAAAACAAGUUCAGUUCUGGCUACGAUUUGCUCGCAUGGGUGUUUUUGGACAAUUUAAAUCACAUCCUGUGUUUGAAGGCUUGAUGAAGAGUAUGGUGGAAAUGAAGGACAAGGAACGUCGUGGUGUUGGGAAGCAAAAUAUGCAGUAUUCUCGAGCACUGGACGAGUUCAUGCAAAGCAUGGCGCAAAUAUCCACCGAGGCAUUUGAACUUUUUGUUGGCCAGUUUUGUGGCCGCACCCUUCGCUCGCAGAAGGUCAAGCGUCGAUCAAUGGCCCUUACGACUGUAAAAUCGACGCGUACUGAAGCUGCAUCUACAAUAGUUGACGAUACAGUCACGCCCAAACCCCAGCCAUCAUUGCCGACACUUUCAUCACAUCAACACCAACAGUUUCUCAUGCCAUCGGAUGAUUUACUUGGUGGUCGGAGUUUAUCAUCCGAGGAAAGCCAACGCUUUAUGGAUCGCAUGCUGGACGAAGUGCGAUUUUCCGUGAGUCAGGAGAUGCAACUUGCUGAAGAUGAGGCACAUUGUCGCAAAGCUGAUGCGUCAACACUUAAUGAUGAUCUUACCAAUCGCUUAGGCCCUGAGACGUAUUUGAAUGACGAUGGUGUGCUUAUUACAGACAUUUAA